UCCGCUUUACUACGGAAAGCAGGAGGACGAUAUUAAACCUUUGCACAUUGAAAGGCGUGUGCUGCUGUUGAUCGAAAAACUUUGGGGAACACGUUAGUUUGUCGUAAGUAAAUAAUGACAGGGUUUUGUCGUUGUGAAAGUUAAGUGAAACUCAUUACCGCUGUCGUUAGCGGUCUAACGUUAGCUAGUUAACUUAGCCUCGCAAAGCUAAAAACAAGCGUAACAUUACCUAGCGGCAUCUAGCUAGCUAACUUAACUUAACGUCACUUCACUUUCUUUCUUCUUUAGGGCACCAUUUGCGUGUUAUUCCCUAACAUCAGAGUUCCGCGCGAGCUAGCAGUUAACAAUGCAAGACCAUGGUAGUCUUGAGAGAAGGAAUGUGUCCCGGACUGGAUGAGGCUUUAGUCCGUGACCUACGUGCUGCCGAUAUUAAAACAGUGGAGGACGUGGUCUCGUCUGACAUUGAGGAACUUGCUCAGAGAUGCUCUGUAUCAUAUAAGGCUCUAUUUGCCAUCCGCCGAGUGCUGCUGGCCCAACACACAGCAUUCCCUGUUUCAGGCGCUGAUCUGUAUGAAGAACUAUUGAGCUCAACAGCCAUCCUCUCCACUGGAAAUCCCAGCUUAGAUAAACUGCUGGACUCAGGCUUGUAUACUGGAGAGAUAACGGAGCUGUCAGGAGGCCCAGGAAGUGGCAAAUCUCAGGUGUGCUUCGGUGUGGCAGUGCACAUUUCUUACCAGCUGAAACAGAGUGUAAUAUUUCUCGAUACGACAGGAGGGCUGACUGCCAGCCGCUUGCUUCAAAUGCUCCAAGCUGAAACGAGUAGCACAGAAGAGCAGGCGUCUAUUGGCGGCGGCUCUGUCAAGGCGGUGAUCGUAGACUCUGUGUCAGCUGUUAUCUCUCCUCUACUGGGAGGCAAACAAAAUGAAGGCAUGUCCUUGAUGAUACAAGUGGCAGGAGUUCUUAAGACGUUGGCAAAGGACUUCAAUGUUGCUGCUUUGGUUACAAACCAUGUUACGAGGAGUGGCAGCGGGGAGGUGCAGCCAGGCCUCGGCGUGUCGUGGAGUCCCAUCCCCAGAACCAGGAUCCUGCUGGAGCGAGUAGAGCGGGCCGCGCCUGCCAGCCACUCAAGCCUGCGCUCUGCAACGCUGAUCAAGUCUUCCAGACAGCCUUGUUACAGGAAAGAAGAGUUUGACUUGCAGUGGUGGAGUUGCUCUAAAGAAGCAUCAGCAGGAAAGAGAAAACUGGAUGAGACGGAUUCCUGAUGACAGCCAACUAUAACCCCCUGACCUAAGGGAGGUACAACCCGUCUCUUGCGGAUACAUUCCCAGAUCCAGCUUGGUGAGACUUUCUGGGCCUUGCUGUCGUCUUCAGGUUCAGCCAGCGUAUGCGUGGCUGAGGCAGCGUCGUAGUCCUGUACGAGGUCUCCGUCAUAUGCCACAAAGUACCUCUUCAGUUUGUCAAAGUCCUGCACUGAAACGGGCAGGAAAAGCUUCACCCCACUGAAGAUGUCCAGCAGCGUCUACAGAAAACAAAAGUCAGCAGAGGACACACAUGAGCAUACUGCCCAAAUUUGAAGUUGUUUCAGCUGCAUAGCAUUCAGUUAAUUUAGUCCAACAUGUUCAAAUUUAAAACUAAAAUAUUGUCUUGUGUUUCCAAACAACCAAAAAGUAAAUGUAAUGUUAAAUUGAAACUAAAGCAACUUAUCAGACUAUGGGGCAAACCUCCAGAAAACAAUAUCCUCAGAUCUCCGGCAUUACGGUUUAUCAUAAUUGGCAGAACGUUAAAAUCAGAGUCCCACCUUAGUUUUAACCGGCAGGUUAUUUUGAAUAGCUGUACAGAUGCGGGCCUUUUUAUUUAUUUGACAUCAAAAGCUUUUCCACUCCAUAGUACAAACACCACUGUUUUAAUAUGUGGGAGCUGGACAGUCUUUGUUGACCAACCUUGUCAUUCCUUGGCUCUAGUAGUUGAGAGGUUGGCUUUGUUUUGCUUUGUCCAUUGCUGUGAACACUUUCACUCUUCUUCACCUGAUCGGACAGAACAGUUCACUCAUUCAGCCUGUCAGGAAUACUGUAAUGAUGAAUCACAUAAACAUAAAUUGUGCUGUGCAGUAAAUACCUUCUUGGCACUGGAUGCUUCUGAGCCAGGAGUGCGAGGCUGGGAUUUCACCACCUUUGGUUUGGGUGUGCUGUCUGUGAAGAGUGAAUGUUAUUGAUGAUUUUAUUAAAUAAAAUACUAUUUUUCCUGUUCAAUGCUGAGUCCACCAACCAUUGCUUACUGUUUUACUGGUCUAAUUAAAGUUGCUACCUGAACAUUGCUAGCCAAUGUAAUUACUGUUAGUACAUUGGCUGUUGAGAAGCAAAUAAACAUGUACUGCAAAA